ACAUGAAAGUGCAGGUAUGCUCUUGCAAACACACACACACACACACGCAGAAUACCUUUUCCUGCUGGCUUCCUAACAUGUUUGUAAAUCACACGCCAGCGGUCACACACCCACAUGGUGGUGACACACGCUAAGACAGAGUGUGCCAUAAUGGCAUGCCCCCACUUUAAUGGAGGCCAUCUUAUCAAAGCUAAUUUGUGGGCAGUUUAAAGGUACUUGCCAGUGUUUAAACUAUCAGCCUAGCCAGCGGAAAGCCGCACUGCAGUGGCUUACCUCUCUCUCUCUCUCCCUUCCCUCAUUUUCCCUCUCUACACCUCUCUCCUCCAUCUCCUCUCUCCCUCACACCCCCUACCCCUCCUGCUUUUCAUUCUCGUUUUUUUCUCAUACUGGCAUUAAAUAGUGAAUCAUACCGAUUAAGCCCACCCCCUUCUCCUGAGCAAAUGAAGGAUGGAGGAGAAGAGAGAGAGGGAGGGAGAAAGUGUGUCUGCGUUGGUUGUGGGAAGAGAGGGAGGCAGAGGGAGUAAAGAAGGAGAGAGGACGAGAGUGAGGGCGAGGAGAGGGGUGUGUACAGGGGCGGGCUUUAGGCGGAGUGUCCGUCAGCGUAGCUACAAUAACACGUGUGGCGGUCAUGGUAGUCGAGCGGCUGGCGGUGUGUGUAUGUGUGUGUGUAUAUGUGUGUAUGUGUGUGUGUGAGAGAGUGUGAAUGGCUGCGCUCCAGUAGCACUGCCUCCGACGCAGAGAGCAGGGACCGGCAGAAGGCGAGAGGGCUAAGAUUUACCCACUAACCGCUACACUCGCUCUCUCUGCACUGUCACUACUACUACUACUACUACACUGCAAUCCGAUCUACCGUUAAAUAAUGUACGCGAAGCUACACCAAAUAUCGCAGGGAAAAGCGCGCUGAAUUAUGCAUCUCACCGGCAUCACCAGCUUGAGCGGUAACCUGUAGCUGCGGCGCUCCAUUCAGCCAGGGAAGAAAAAGAACCGGGGGAAAGAAAAGAAAAUGUCACACUAUCAUUUCAUAAAAUGCUGUUGCUUUCAGCUAUGUAACGUCUUUCGCUCACAGAACAUGGAGAUCGACCAGUGCCUGCUGGAGUCUUUGCCCCUGGGCCAGCGGCAGCGUUUGGUGCGCCGCAUGCGCUGCGACCAGAUCCGCGCCUACUACGAGCGCGAGCGCGCCCUGCAGAAGCAGCAGUGCCAGCUCCACGGCGCCGGUGGUGGUGCCGCCGUUGCCACGGCCGCCACCCCAAGUGCCACGGCCAGUGCCAAAGCCCACGGCGCCGGCCACCGCAAGAAGCAGCGGGUCACCUUUCCCGCGGCCAGCGUGAUCCAGGACGCCAUCAUGAGGCACGAUGACAAAGAAGUGCUGAGGCUGUUGAAGGAGGGGGCUGACAUCAACACCCCACUCUCCUCAGGAGGCUCCCUGCUACAUCUGUGUGCUCGCCAUGACAACGUGUUUGCGGCGGAGGUUCUGAUUGAGCGUGGGCUGAAUGCUAACCUGCAGGAUGAGGACCUGUGGACGGCGCUCCAUGUGGCCUGUGCCUGUGACCACCCAGACAUGGUGCUGCUGCUGCUGCUUGCCGGAGCCAACGUGCUGCUGCAGGACGUGAACGGGAACAUUCCACUGGACUACGCCACCGAGGGGACGGAGAGCAGCUACAUCCUGCUCGCCCACCUGGAGGAGAAUGGUGUAGACCUGAGCUCACUCCACCUCAUGAGGACCCAAAGGUCAUCCACUAUGCUGUCUGAUGUUCGGCAGCUGAUCAGCACAGGAGCCAGUUUGAACCAGCACAAUGAGGAUGGCGUCACACUGCUCCAUAUGGCGUGUGCCAGCGGCUAUAAGGAGGUGGCGUCCUUGUUGCUGGAGAGCGGUGCUGACCCCCAGGUGUCUGACAACAACUACUGGACCCCCCUGCACCUGGCCUCCAAAUAUGGACAGACGCGCAUUGUGAGCCUGCUGUUAAAAUACAAAGCCGACCCCACUCUUCUGAACUGCAGCCAAGAUAAACCCUCAGAUGUUGCAGCAUCGGACCACAUUGCAGACAUGCUGCUGCGGGCAGAGGAAUUCUGGGUACAGCGCCAUAAGGACCCUGGGGUAGCCUUGCCCAUGCCUGAUGAGAAUUAUGAGGACCUCGCUCAGGAUGUGGCCACACCCAUUAAGAAGCUGACCCCCCUGUCGGUGCCCAUCUCUAAGCGGGACAGUCUGCUGGAGAAAGAGCGCAUGUUCAGAGACGUGGCAGGAGCCCUGAGCAGGCAUCCCUCGCAGGACAACGGCCUGGACGGACCCUACACCAGCGGCACGGGCAAACUGGAGCAGGUGAAGCUGAUGCCCCCAGCGCCUAAUGAUGACCUGGCUUCCCUGAGUGAGCUGACAGACAGCAGCCUGCUCUAUGAGAUGCAGAAGCGCUUUGGAAAUGACCAGAUCUAUACUUACAUCGGACACAUUCUCCUGCUUGUCAACCCCAACAAGGUCCUCCCCAUCUAUUCAACCCUUGUGAGUCAGCUGUACCUGUGCUCCACUGGUCGUCUGUGCUCGUCUCUCCCGCCCCACAUCUUCUCCUCGGCUGAGAGAGCCUAUCACAUGAUGCUGCAGGAGCGACGCCCACAGUGCUUCGUCAUCAGUGGUGAGAGUGGUUCUGGGAAGACAGAGGCCUGCAAGCACAUUCUGAAGCACCUGGCUGCUCGUUCCAGUCCCAAAGGGUUUGCCCUGGAGCCCAGGAUGAAGCAUGUGAACUGUGUGCUGGAGGCCUUUGGUCACGCUAAGACCCAGAUGAACCCCAACUCCAGCCGCGUCAUCAAACUCCUGACUGUACAGUACUGUGAGAAGAGGAGGACCAUUCUGAGAGCGCGCGUGCAUGCGUACAUGCUGGAGAAGGCCCGCCUCACCUGCCCACCGCAGCAGCAGCAGAACUUCAGCAUCUUCCACCUGAUGGCCGAGGGGCUGUCUGCGGAGGAGAAGAGCGGCCUGUACCUCAACAACCUGCUCGUGCACAGGUUCCUGAGGAGCACAGAGGCAGGUGAGGCACCCCCGGUGGGCACUGCCAACGCCCAGAGCAGAGAGAGACUGGCAGCACUGAAGCAGGCCCUGCGAGCCCUCGGCUUAAACAAACUGGAGGUGGAGAAUCUGUUUGUGGUGCUGUCGGCCCUGCUGCACCUGGGGGACGUGCGCUUCACAACCCUGGGCGACACCGACACGGCCCUCCCCUCCGACCUGCAGCUGCUGGAGAGAGUCUCGUGCAUGUUGCAGGUGAAUCCAGACGAUCUCGGGGCGGCCCUCACCUCUGACGUUCAGUAUUUCAAAGGCGAUAUCAUCACCAGGCGCCACUCCGUCGACAUGUCCAACCACACCCGAGACCUGCUGGCCAAAGCCCUCUACGGCCGCCUGUUCAGCUACCUGGUCAACAACAUCAAUUACUACCUACAAGGCCCAGAGGAGACCAUGGGAGACCCUGCUCUGGAGAUAGGCAUACUGGACAUCUUUGGCUUUGAGGAGUUUCCGAAGAACAGCUUCGAGCAGCUCUGCAUCAACAUGACAAACGAGCGGAUCCAGCAGCACGUCACUGAGGUCCUGUUCCAGCUGGAGCAGCGGGAGUGUCUGCAAGAGGGCAUCUCCUCGGAAACGCUGCGCUCCCCUGGCAACCAGUCAGCCGUGCUGGACUUCUUCUUCCAGAAGCCUCAGGGUCUCCUGAGUGUGGUGGAUGAGGAGAGCCAGGCCCUGCGAUGGUCCGAGCACAGCCUCUACAAGCGGCUCCAGAACCGGCUGGAGAGCAGCGGCGCCACCGAUGCCGUCUCCCUGGCAACCAAAGACGGCAACGGCAAUCCCCCACCCAAAGACCAGGGGCCCUCCUUCACGGUCUCACACUAUGCCUGCAAGAUGACCUAUGACCUGACAGGCUCCCUGGAGAGGAACAGGGAUGCCCUGUCUCAGAAUGUCCUGUUUGUCAUGAAAUCCAGUGAGAAUGUCCUCAUCCAGCAGCUGUUCCAGUGUAAGCUGACUCAGACUGGCUCUCUGGUGCCUCCUGCCCACCACCGCCUCAAACUGCGCGGGCCCAAAGCCUGCCUCCUCCUGCAGAAGAGCCCCACACCCACCGCCACCCGAGACCACAAGAAGUACCUGGAGCUUAGAAAGCUGGUGAAGAAGAAGGCAGGCAGCGGGCUUCUGCAGAGGCUGGAGAGGGGCGGGCCCAUCACCGUGGCAACCCAGCUCAGGAACUCCCUGUGUGAGAUCACCAGGAAGCUGCAGAGCUGCACCCCCCACUUCGUGCAGUGCGUGCGGCCCAACGCCGGCGGUCAGCCGGACUCCUUCCACAGCCUCCACGUGUCCACGCAGCUGCAGUACGUCGGUGUCCUGGAGAUGGUGCGCAUGAUCCGCUACGGCUACCCCGUCCGCCUAACCUUCGCCGGCUUCCUCAGCAGGUACCGAGAGCUGGUGGAGACCACGCUGGGAGACGGGAGGAAGCUGCCCGCGGAGGAGAGGUGCAGGCACGUGCUCCAGCACAGCAAACUCCAGGGGUGGCAGAUGGGCAGCAGUAAAGUGUUCCUGAGGUACUGGCAGGCUGACCACUUGAAUGACCGCUGCCAUCAGCUUCACAAGAAAAUUGUCACCUGCCAAAAAGUGGUGCGUGGCUGGCUGGUGCGUAAGCGCAUGCGCUGCAGGCUGAGCAGCGUGGGUCAGCGGGGCCGCUGCACUGUCCAGCGCUUCCUGCAGGGGGCCGAGGAGCUGGGCCUGCGCUCCUACGACAGCCUGGUGCUGCAGAACGCCUCUGACAUCGCACGCGAGAACGACCGCCUGCGCGGGCCACCCGCCGGUCCACAGCCCCUUGGGGAGAGGCCCGAGCCCGUAGGCAAGGAGGAGGACUCUCCCAAGAGGCCUGUGGAGAAGUGCGGCCGUGUGAACGACGUCGCCGGCAGCCGAGUCGCCCGGCACUUUCGCUCCAGCUCCGUGCCGCUCCCCCUGCAAGUGGACAACUUGGUAUAUUCCGCCGGCGGCUCCUCUAUGAAACCGGCCCUGCAGUCCAUGGGCCACGCAAGCGAGGAGGGGGGCAGCGGAGUCGGAGGGAUGUCGUCUCCGCGGAAACAGCCGCCCCCCAAGCCCAAGCGGGAUCCCAACACGCGUCUGAGCGCGUCCUACGAGGCGGUGAGCGCGGGGCUGUCCAUCGCGCCCAAAGAUAGCCCUGCUGACGGCUGCCAGGCGUCCCCCGCAGGAAGCCCUCCCAAAACACAGCUGUCCCCCUCCGACCUCUCCAACCUGUCCAAACCGCGGCCGCACAGCGACGACUACAGCACCAUGAAGAAGAUCCCCCCGCCCAAGCCCAAGCGCAGCCCCAACACCAAGCUGACGGGCUCCUACGAGGAGAUCCCGGGCGCGCCCCUGCAGCGUCCCACCGACAUGAAGCUGGCCUGCCUGGCCCGCGCCGGGCACCACCACCACCACGGCCUGGGCACCAUUCAGCGGACGGCCUCCAUGGACGGGCCCCACUCUGCGGCCACGCUCAGCCUGUACCGCUGCCCCGACGACGAGGACGUCUACAUCGAGAUGGUGGGCACCUCGCAGGCCCUUGGCGGCCAGCCCGAGACGGACAGCCCGGAGAUGGGAGAAGCCGUCUACGAGGAGAUGAAGUACUUCCUGCCCGAGGAGGGUGGGUCGGUGGUGGCGUCGGCGGCGGGUCCCGUAGCCCAGCCUCUGGCGGUCCGGCCCGAGACCCUAGAGCCUCUGGUCCAUGCGCUGGAUGCCAAGAGGGCAUCUGGGGCCGGGUGUGGAGUGGGGUCGGCCGAGCAGGUGGCCAAGCAGGGCGCCAAAGAUGGGGCCUCGUGCGACAUCCCGGCACCCUUCCCCAACCUGCUCCCUCACCGGCCCCCGCUGCUGGUGUUCCCCCCAUCGCCGGUCACAUGCUCCCCGGCCUCGGACGAGUCGCCACUCACGCCGCUGGAGGUGAAGAAGCUGCCCGUGUUCGAGACCAACCUCAACUUCAGCCAGGACGGCAGCAGCCCCCUCUCCCCUCAGUAUGCCCGCCAGAGAGCCGACUCCUCCCCGAGCCUCUCUGUCCUCAUGCCCGAUAGGUCCACGCCGCCCUUGACUCCUCCCCCGGCCCCGGCUCCGCCAAUAGGAACCAUUCUCCCGCCGGCUCCGCCUCCUCCGCCUUACAGGCCACCGUCCCACUUCCCAUUCCCGCCCGAGCCGUGCUUCAUGUCCAUGACCCGGGGCCACAGCGGUUCCGUGGACACCUCCUGCAGCACCACCCCUCCGCCCAUGUCCGCCGGCGUCGGCCUUGGCGGCGGGGGGAAGCCCCCGUACUCCCCGGUGAAGGGGGGCCCGUCGGCCCGACCCGAGCCCCGGAGGGCCCACUCCUGCUCAUCGUCGCCGCUGCUCUUCAACCCGGCCAACGGGCGCCCGCUAACCAGCCCGCUGGACGAGCUCAACACGCUAUUCAGCUCCGGGCGCCACCUGCUGCGCAAGUCCUCCACCAGACGCAAGGUCCGCGACGCCGGAUUCAACUCCAACAUCAACGUGCCGGGGCGUGAGGACCAGGGCCCCACCUCUCUGUCUCCACAGCUCCAGGACAAGAAUGCCAACACCCACAACCACUGCCCUAACUCCCCCAGCCCUGCGCCCGUUGAGAACGGCAACCAGCUGUCCAAUGGGUCGUUAGAGGAUGAGGGACACCCCAAGUCAAAUGGCUCCAGUGCCACAUUACAGCACAGACACUUGGACAGCCAUCAUACUCAGGUAAACAUGCAAACCCCCCUCCAGCACACAGACACACACACACAGACACACACCCACAGCACAGAGUAA